AUGGGAAGACUCAUCAAGAAUCACUUGGCACGGCUCGUCGUGAUGUCUGCAGGAGUAUAUCAAAUUGUUGCAGCCAUCUCCGGGCUCUUCUGGCCUAAGAUUUUCUUUGACUUCUUUAGUCGAAGCUUAGAUCCCCUGGUCAAGCCUGUGCCAAUCCUUCAGGUCCUCAAUCUCCUCAUAGGAUUCACGAUGAUAGCCUGGGAAUGGCCCUUGGGCAUGAUUGCUGGCUCUGCUCUACAUCGGAGUAUCGUUGCCCGCAUGGUCUUUUUACCGGUGGCAGUGCUAGCAUCAGUACUGCUGUAUCAAGCAACCAAUUCGGCCAUCUACUACAUGGUCGGCCUCAUUUUCUACGCCUGGGCGCACAAUGAGGGAGAAGUUGUGGCCGACGAAGCUUGGUCUCUCCCCUCGCGCCCUAGAACAGGAAAUGUCUAA